UUUUUUCACUUCAUUUGGGUCCUCAUUCUCAUGCAAUUUUGUCCAUUUUUAUUGUUUUUUGGCCUUCAAAACUGGAAGUUUUGUACUGGGUUUCAUAGUUUCCUUUUCUUUCUCCUUUUUGGAUUGUACUAUAUGGGCUCUUCUCCAUUUGUCCAUUGCAUACUAAAUUUGCAUUCUUCUUUUGUAGUAUUUCUCUUUCAAAGUUGGAAAUUAUGACAUGGGUUUAAUGGUUUUUCAAAUCAUCAUAUCUUGGUUCUUCUUCAUUUGAUCACAACAUACCAAAUUUACAUUUUUUUGUUGUAGUUUUCUUUAAGGCAUUUUUUUGAAGAUGGAGAUUUAGAAACGAAUUCUUAUCCAUUUGUUCUCACUCAUCACCUUAACAAACUUGAUGAAAGUCUUUUACUUUUUUUGUUGGGUGGCGUUUUUGCUAUUUACUUUCAGUUUCUUGUUCUUUUCAGUUAUUACUGAUUAUUUUUUUAAUCAUACACGUUAGUCAUAGAUCUGUUUUCAGUGCUUUUGCGGUUUUGAGUCUCUGUUGACGUUUUCGUGGCAGUUUCCUUUCCCCCAUUCUAUGCAUGAAUUAUGUUUUCUUUAACAGUUUGCUUCAAAUUCAAAGCACAUUAAUAGAAACAUGAGGUUUCUAACCUUGUUGAAUUUAAUUACUUUUUUUUUUAUUUCAGUUUGUUCAUCUUAUUUUCCCUUCCACGGAUGUGUUUGGGUUGAUAUUAAUCUGAUUUGCCUUUCCUUUGUCUCAAAGAAACAGGAAUUGCAAAUGGGGAAAAAAGGGAGUUGGUUUUCUGCAGUGAAGAAAGUUUUCAGUUCAGAUUCCAAAAAAGAUAAGAAAAAACAGAAAAGCCACCAGUCAAAGAAAGCAAGCAGUGGCAAGGAUGGGGAAGCAGCAGUUGCUCUUCCUCCAAUAGAAGAUGUUAAAUUAAUUGAGGCAGAGAAGGAACAGAGCAAGCAUGCUGCUUCUUUGGCAUUUGCCACUGCUAUUGCUGCAGAGGCUGCUGUUGCUGCUGCUCAGGCAGCUGCCAAGGUUGUUCGUCUGACAAGUAUGCCACAUUAUACUGGAAAGACUAAGGAAGAAAUUGCAGUCAUCAAGAUUCAGACCGCAUUUCGUGGAUAUAUGGCAAGAAGAGCAUUGCGUGCGUUGAGAGGUUUGGUGAGGUUGAAAACAUUACAAGGGCAGUCUGUUAAACGGCAAGCUGCUAGCACCCUACGAAGCAUGCAAACUCUAGCAAGAUUACAAUCUCAGAUUCGUGAAAGCAGAAUUAGAAUGUCUGAAGAGAACCAAGCUCUUCAGCACCAACUACCGCAGAAACAUGAAAAAGAACUCGAGAAGUUGCGAGCUGCUGUUGGAGAAGAAUGGGAUGAUAGGUCGCAGUUAAAGGAGCAAAUUGAAGCAAAAUUGUUGCACAGGCAAGAAGCUGCUUUGAGAAGAGAGAGAGCUUUGGCCUAUUCAUUCUCACAUCAGCAAACAUGGAAGGGCUCUUCAAAGUCAUUAAAUCCCACAUUUAUGGAUCCAAACAAUCCCAAAUGGGGGUGGAGUUGGCUAGAGAGAUGGAUGGCUACUCGGCCAAGGGAUGGCCACAGCACUGUGGUGGAUCACAAUGAUCAUGCAUCUGUGAAGAGUGCAGCGAGCCGUGCCAUGUCUGUAGGGGAAAUUACCAAAUUGUGCUCUCUCCAAGAUAAAAGACCUUCCCCUUUUGGCCAAAAACCAAGAAGACCUGCCCCUCAGAGUUCCCCUUCAAAGACACCAUCUACUAAUGGAAAGGCAAGGCCAUCUAGCUCAAAGGGUAGUAGUGUCUGGGGUGGAGAUGAGGGCUCAAGAAGCAUGUUUAGUGUUCAGUCGGAGCGCUAUCGCCGACACAGCAUUGCAGGGUCCUCAGUGAGAGAUGAUGAGAGCCUUGCAAGCUCACCUGCCAUUCCAAGUUACAUGGCACCCACAAGCUCUGCAAAGGCCAGGUCCAAAAUCAUAAGGCCAUCACCUGAAAAAGGAGGUGAUUCUGUUUUUGCAAGGAAGCGCCUUUCAUUCUCUCCUUCUUCUGCUUCAAGAAGGCAUUCUGAUCCUCCUAAGGUGGAAAUGGUUUCCAAUAAUGAUGCUGCUGCCGCAGUUAGCAAUGGAAGGGGAAGGUAGAGCUGGAGCAAUUCUUGUAGGAGAACAGUGUCUAUUAUUCUGUUUGGAUAAACCUCUCUGUAAUUGCUUAUAGAAAAUAAGAAGAUAAAAUGAAUUAAAUUUUUAUCACAAGUUAAAAAUCAACUUGUGCUUUAAAAUCAAAUCGUACACUUCGACUUUUAUAUAAGUUGAGGUACAUAAGUUGAUUUUAACUUGUGGAAGGAGUUGGGUUCAUUUAGCUUUUCAAUUUUUUGUUUUAUAAGUGUUUAUGGAGAAGUUUAUUCAAAUAAAACCUAUAAGCACAACCAAUUAAAAGACUCAAGAUAACAUUAAAAUAACUUCAGCACAAAUUAUAUUUUAAUGCAUCUUAAACUUUUGAUUAGUUGUGUCUAUAGAGACUGUCUCAUGCCAGAAUGACUCUUGGCCCCAAGUCUCUUAGAACUAUGAAUGAAGAUUUUGAUAGUUGCUUUGGUCCUCUUCUUCAGCCCCCUCUUCAUGGUUCCUUCAGGAGUGAGAUACAAUACAAAAUUGGCUUAUCAGUUUGUUCAUAUCAACAAAAAAAUAGUUAUUUUCAUAAAUCUUUGACAAA